AUGAGCGUCGUGACAUUGGGAGAGAAUCCCAACAAACUGGACACCACCCUCCUGCAAACCAUCACCUCCAACGCCGGCCUAACCCUCAACCCCUCCCACAUCAACGACUGGACCAUCCUCCUCGGCACCCUCGACGAACCCAUCGCCAAAAUCCUCGCCGAGGAGGACUACACCCUAACCCCCGACCUCGCCAAAUACCCACGUUCCAACAUCUCCAUCCCUCAGAAUGAGCUCGAAUCCGAUCAAGGCGGCUGGGCGACGAAAUUCAUCUCCAAAGCCACCACCCCGAAGAACGAUUUGCUUGCUGGAAAAACCGUCGCCCUCAAAGACAACAUCGCCUUCGCCUCCGUCCGCUGCACGAACGGCACCACCGCCUUCGAAUGGACGCCGACCAUCGACGCCCCCGUCGCCACGCGGAUCCUGGAUGCCGGCGCAACGAUCACGGGCAAAGCGACGUGCGAGAAUGCGUGCAUGGAAGGCGACAGCGACACCUCCUGCACGGGCCCCGUGCACAAUUUCUAUGCGCAUGGGUACUCGUGCGGCGGGUCGAGCAGUGGCAGCGGGAGGCUCGUGGCGAGCGGGGCGGUGGAUCUCGCGGUGGGAGGGGAUCAGGGGGGGAGUAUUAGGAUUCCGGCGAGUAUGUGCGGGAUUGUUGGGUUGAAGCCCACCUGGGGUCUCGUGCCGUACACGGGGAUUCUGAGCCUUGAGGCGACGAUCGAUCAUGCGGGUCCCAUGGCACGCACUGUGGCGGACUGCGCCGCUCUCCUCGAAACCCUUGCGGGCCCGGACGGCAUCGACGACCGCCAGCCCCCAAACCUCCCCCGAACGCCCUAUACCACCGACCUCUCCGCCUUCCUCGCUACCGCCCCCAGCACGAAACCCCUCACCGGCAUGCGCCUAGGGAUCCUCACCGAAUCCCUCCAGAUCCCCGGAAUCCACCCAGCGAUUGUCACUCUCUUCCACCGCGCCGUGGCAGCCCUCCGCGACCUAGGCGCGGAAGUCAAAGAUAUCUCCAUCCCGCUGCACGCCGACGCGGCGGUGGUGUGGAUGUGUUCGUUACCCUUAUCGGGGGCUCCGACGGCGUUGCUGAAUGAGAGUAUGGGGCGGAAGCAGUUACACCUAAAUGAUCGCGAGCCCGUCACAAAGUUGAAGCAGGAAGAAUUUGAUAAGCUGGGGCCGGGGGCGCAGAAUCUUUAUCUGAGGUAUUUGUAUUUGAAGCAUGCCUAUGGCGCGAAGGUCCAUGGGAAAUGCACGAAUCUGCUGAGGAAGAUUAACGACGGCUACGACGCCGCCCUCCACACCCAAGUCGACGUCCUCCUGACGCCCACCCUCCCCUGUCCCCCCAGCAAACUCUUCCCCAACCCAGAAACCCACGGCCCGCUAGAGCGCCUGUCGAGAAAUCUCAACCUCGUCGCUAAUACCGCGCCUUUUAAUAGUACAGGCCACCCCGCCCUCUCCCUCCCCAUGGGUUUCGUGCCCGCCAGCACCAACGAAAACGAAACGAUAAAACUCCCCGCCGGACUGCAAAUUGUGGGGAGGAAGUUCUGCGAGGGGGAUUUGUUCAAGGUCGGGGCCUGUUGGGAGGGGAGGGGGGAUUGGAAGGAGUUUUGA